AUGGCCGCCGUCAUGACACAAGUGCAAAGCGCAUCGCCCGACGAUGUGAAGCCGCCGGCUCCCGUCCUCAAACUCGGCUCGCCACCGGACCACAUGGAUGCCGCCGGACUGGAGUCCUUACUGAAGGGCACAACCAGCGUCUUUGAGAUUUCGCCCGACACUGCGCUGCUCUUAUUCUGCCAUAACAUCGAAAAAUUGGUGACCCAGUUUACCGACCUUCCGCUGGCCUCCUUUCCCGGCUCCAAUGGUUCCACCCCAUUCGAACCCCGAACCCCCCGAGAGGAGCUGGUCGCGAACCAGACGGUGGGUUUACGGUGCGGCGACUCCCACGAGGCAGGCCACGACCGAACCGAAGAAGAGACCUUUCAGCUACGAAUCCUGUCCCGUAAAUUUCUCUCCAAGAAGAUUCCCCCGAUCGCGCUCAAGGACUACCUCCAACGUCUCCAAAAAUAUUGUCCCAUGUCGACCGCCGUCCUGCUGGCGGCGAGCGUCUAUAUCUCCAAAAUGGUCUUGGUAGAGAAAGUGGUUCGCCCAUCACCCAAGAACAUGCAUCGACUUGUGCUCGCCGGGCUCUUGGUCGCCACCAAGGCUCUCGAAGACCUUAGUUUUCCACACAGUCGUGUCGCCCGAGUCGGCGGAGUAUCCGAACAGGAGCUGUCCCGACUCGAGGUGACGUUUUGCUUUCUGGCCGACUUUGAGCUGCGGGUGGAUGCACAGAUGCUCUUGGACGAGGCCAGGAGACACUGUCCGCAAGAUGCACCGCGAUCCGAAACGGGGACCGAGGAAGGAAGCCAUUGA